GGGGUCAUCUACGCAAUGAACAACACUGCAGAGUGAAUUUCAGUGUGAACACUCUCAGCUGUGUGCAUCUGGCUCCAGGGAAGACAGGAGUGGGGGGUCAGGCUGAGAGUCUACACGCCUGCAGCUCACGUCAAUCAGAGCCUGAUGAGGUGCCGAUGAGGUGCAGGUGGCAAUCCCGCUAAAUGCUGCCAUCUUUGGCCAAACCUUUAAAGUCAGAGCAAGCUGAGGAGAAGAGCGAAUGUGGGCUUAGGCCACGUAAGAUGGAGAUCCAUUUGCCUAAUGUGCCAGUGAUGAAAAUCUUCUCCUAUCUGGAUGCCUUCAGCUUGCUACAGGCUGCCCAAGUAAACAAGAGCUGGAAUUUGGUUGCAACCAGUGAUUCCCUAUGGAGGAAGCUGUGUCUGAGGAGAUGGCUCUGUUACGACUUAUCUCUAGAUAUCCUGGGUGCACAGACGUGGAAGGAGUACUUCCUUCGCAAAACUAGGCAAGAACACUCUAUGUCUCGGGCAAAGCCAGAAGACUUCAUCUACAAAGAAAUGUCUGGGGAUUUUGGAGUUCAGGGAACAGCGUACUAUCUCUCAGGGAGUGGCUUAACAUAUAACGGACAAGGAAAAUCAACUGUCUGUGUGGUGACUUCUAUGACUCGGCUUACCACCUGGGAUAUUCGAGAGGGUGUCAUGACCUGGGUAAGCCCAGUACAGCCUACCUGUAUCAUGAGACUGGCCACCCUCCCAGAGCUGUGCCUGGCGAUCACCGUGGAUAUGGAAGCGACCAUCAAAGUGUGGAAUUGUUAUGACAAGGAUGCUCUGGCAACUAACAGCAUGUCCUCUUCCUGUCAAACACUGAAAGCUGUGCUUACAAAAGAUGGUCCAAUCGUCUUGGCAGGUGACAUUUCCGGUAACCUCCACACAUUCAGGAUUCCCGACUUACACCUUAUUUCUAGAGUCCAUGUGUUUGAAUUUGCUGUUAACCAACUCUACUGCUCUCCUCAGAGGAAAUGGGUCUACCUGAAUAAGAAGCACCCACAUGUCUUGCCAAAGGUGUUUCUCAUGAACAGCUUACUGAGGCCAUCGGAAUACCCCACCCCUGUGUGGACCAUUAUCAACUAUACAUUAAGCUUCAAAGCCUUCUGGACCCCGCGGAGGGAAGACAGGAUAACGUUGCUGUCCCAGAGGGGGCCCCGUAAAGUCUCGAGAUUUGUCACGUUUGAUAUAGAACUGGAAAGGACCGAGAACGGAGUAAACGCUAAAGCACGUCUAGUAGCAAGCUUCAGGUUGCCAAACGACAUAGAGACCCCAGAAUGGAUGGGAGUCAGUGAUAAGGAUGUGAUUGUGUGUUCAAGUGGGACAUCUCUAUUAGUCUACAAUAUGAAUGGCUUCCAGCUGCAGAGAUUUCAAGACCACCCAGCAGAGAUCAUGAGAUUACUGGUGGAUCCUCUCCAUGUCAUUGUCACAUACAUUGAUGGCUCUUUGGAGGUAUACAUGUGGGAGGAGAGUAGUCCAUACCUCAAGAAGUGUUACCACCUACAAAACCCGAGACACAUGGGGCGACAAAGCCUGAAGCUUGGUGGGGUUGUCCUUGGAUCACAGCCUGGAGAGACAGCACAGGGGCACCGCCAGCCAUGAACGUUGGAACUUCCAAGGUCCUCCAGGUAGAUUGUAUGGCUCCUCCCAAGGAGAACCAGGGCAUGGGGAGAGGGAGGGUCCUGAAAGCCAGGCGGCGUGGGGCCAGUUCCUCUAUGGCAGGAAACACAGCCUUGCGCGGAGAUCCUGCGGGUCACUCACAGAGCUGGCACGAGAGGUGCUCGGGUUGGUUGCACCGUUUGCCCCUUUUGUGGCUCUCCACCUGCUCUGCAUCGCAGAGCCGCCCUGAAGCUUCAGAUCUACUGAAAAGCCUGGCAAGUGGGAGGAGCAGCCUGGGUCAUUAUUUCCCAGCAUCCUCCUGUAGCAGCCACCUGAAGUAGAUGUGGUACCCGUGUAGUGUCUCCUUUAGCUACAGUCCCCCACGUAUCCCAACUGCCUGUCCUUGCCUCUUCAAACUCAAGGCUGGUGACAGCUGUCCCAUCUCUAAUACGCUGAGACCUGGACUGAUGACAGCUAUAAUUCACACCCCCUCACUGGCUUCUCUAAUGCCCACCAUCUGUUAAGCAGGGCUCUGGACAAACUCUUUCUUGGUACAUGCCAUAAUGCCCUGCCUGGACUUGGACCAAUCUAGUAGUUAUUGUUUCCUCAUUAAAUCCUUCCAGAUGCCAGCAUAAGAUGUAACCCAACACAGGACAGUCCUUGCCAUGCGCCAGAAUGCUGCUUCUCUCCUCUAAUGAUACCCAGCUACUCAGGGAAGUGAAAUUAGAGCCCGGGUCCCUUGCCUCCCAUUUCAGGGCUCCAGUCACUCUGCAGCCCAGGGCGUGGGCCUUGUAUCUGGGAAGGCAGUAAAGUCGGGGUGGAGGGAAGGUGGAAGGAAGAGGGGCCUGAUUCUCCCUCCUGGUAGCAAAUAUUCACCACAGCAGCAAAGCAUCCUGGCAUCACCAACCUACCAGAUCACAAGCAGGUGUCAGCUUCCCUGCCCCCUACAGCCGUAGCAAGCAGUUGCAGGCUGGAAGCAACUGCGGGGGGCCCCUUCUGUUGGCGACUAACCUCCAACUUCUUUCUCCACCCUCCCAACAGCACACAAUCACUACCACUGUCGACCCACAAUGGUUUUUUCCUACUGGCUUCUCACUGCUACUACUCUCAUUUUCUGUCCUUAAAUGUAGCUUGCUUUCAACCUAGAGUCUGGAGCUUGACUUCGGCACUAGAGUCCACUGUGAUUAUGUGUAGAUGUUUGUGUCUACAUGUACACCUGAGUUCAGGUGCUCACAGAGGCCAGAGGUGUCAGUCACAUCUGGAGCGGCAGUUACAGAUGGUUGUAAGUCACCUAAUAUGGGGGCUGAGGACCAAACUACAACAGCUAAGUGCUUUUAACCGCGGAGUCAUCUCAAUUCCACACUAUGGCCAGACGAUGGCAGUGUGAAGCCAGACCCCAGCAGUGGGAUGGCACAUUCCUAUUUCUGCAGGUUCUUUGUGGAGUGGAUAGCCCAGCCUCAGGAACACAUCAGCCAGAUAAUCUAAGCACUUGGGAAGAGGAUCUCUCCCUCACCCAUCCAUCUUGCAGCCAAGGAAGAAAUCACACAGAUACCUUUUCCUUCAAUUUCUGGUAAGUUUGGAAUGGGAUAAACUAUCAGAUCCUCGUUUUUUUGUUUGUUUUUUGUUUUUUGAGAAAAGAUCCCUGUCUACCCAUAACUGGCUUAUAAUUCACUGUGUAGGGACUGAAGAGAUGGCUCAGUGGUUAUGAGCAUUGGCUGCUCUUUUAGAGGACCUAGGUUCAGUUCCCAGCACCCACACGGCAGCUCACAACUGUCUGUUAACUCAAGUUCCAGUGGAUCUGACUCCUUCACAAAGACAUGUAGGUCAAACACCAAUCCAUAUAGAAAUUAAAAUAGACCAGGCUGGCCUGGAACUUGGAGGGAUUCUCCUAUCUCUGCCCCCAAGUGCUGAGAUUACAGGUAUAGCACAGCACUAUGCCUGGCAAAAACAGAAAACUUUUUUUUUUUUUUUGGUUUUUCGAGACAGGGUUUCUCUGUGUAGCUUUGCGCCUUUCCUGGUACUCGCUUUGGAGACCAGGCUGGCCUCGAACUCACAGAGAUCCGCCUGCCUCUGCCUCCCGAGUGCUGGGAUUAAAGGCGUGCGCCACCACCGCCCGGAAGAAAACUUUUUAAAAUAAAUAAUGAGCCGGACGGUGGUGGCACACUACUUUAAUCCCAGCACCGGGGAGGCAGAGGCAGGGAGAUCCGAGUUCCAGGACAGUCAGGGCUACACAGAGAAACCCUGUCUUGAAAAACAAAAACAAUGAGUUUUGCCUACAUGGUUCUACACCAUGUGUGUGUGCCUGGUGCCCAUAGAGGCCAGAAGGUAAUGUUGGAUCUCCUAGGCCGAGAGUUAUAGACAGUUCUGAGCUACCAUAUGGGUGCUAGGAAUAAAAUCUGGGUCCUCUGCAGAAAACUUCUGAGCUCCAGUCAGGCCUGGUGGCACUGAGCUGUAAUAAUCUCUGUCCUUGGGAGGCUGAGGCAGGGGUGUAACCGCAAAAAUCAGGCUAACCUAGGCAGAGACCCUUUCUCAAAAAAACCUAAGUGUAGAUACAAGAAUUUACCACGACUUGUAAUCAUGUGCAUUCGUGUCAUGGGAAAGCGUGUGUGAGUGAAAAGUGCCCACAGAGGACAGAAGAGGACAUCAGAUCCCCUGGAAAUGGAAUUACAGCUGUGAACCACCUAAUGUGGGUACCCAGGAACUGAACUCAGGUCCUCUGGAAGAGCAAGUGCUCUUAAUCACUACACUGUCUUUCCAGCCCUUUAUUUUUGACACAGGAUCUUGAAAACAGAUGAAGCCAUGAACCCAUGCCUUAUCUGACCGAGGUGGUUUGGAUGUGUGCUUUUUAACGUGUUCUCCAACGGCAGCCUGAUAACAGACACUAGCAGGCAUUACUGCCCAAGAGAAAAGACCAGGUAGUUCUAUGCUGUGGCCCAGCACAGUCCAGACUCAGGACACCAGUCAACAGUCUCAAGUGUUUUGGUCCCUUCCCAAGGUUCAAGUGACCUUCAAAGUGACCUUGGUACUAAUCAGCACAGGUCCAGAUGUUACACCCACAAGUGCCAUUCUUCUGUUUAAAAAAAUAUAUAUUAAAAAAAUAUAGCCGGGCGGUGGUGGCGCACGCCUUUAAUCCCAGCACUCGGGAGGCAGAGCCAGGCGGAUCUCUGUGAGUUCGAGGCCAGCCUGGACUACCAAGUGAGUUCCAGGAAAGGCGCAAAAGCUACACAGAGAAACCCUGUCUCGAAAAACCAA